UUCCCUUCCUCCCCCUUCCCCCGGCGCAUGCGCCUCAGAUGCCCUGAGGCUACGUUUUCGUUUCUGAUUCUGCUGUAUUUCUUGUUACUUUGCUCAUAAUUACCGGAUGUCUCGCUCACCGUCCUCUACACCGACGCCUAAUCCAUCUAAUCCAUCUGAAGCUACAGAUACACAACAUUCUUUCGACUUAUUCGCAACUUCACGAGAAUCACACGAACAUAGUCCUGCCGAAGCGUCGAGGCAGACACGAGCACCAGCACGCCAACCCGUUUCUACUACAGCGGACGCAAAACCUCGGGCGGAAUCUAGCCAAAGCGUGUCUGGUGGGCGCGGGGGGAAGAGAACGAGAGCAGAGUCAGAAGAGUUGCCUGGGGGUGUCACUAGAAGACCAAGGAUGUCGAGUCCUUCAGGGUCAUCCUCGAACUCGCAGGCGGAUCUGGCGGACACGGAGCAUGAAGGGGGUAGAAAUGAGCGGUCUGAGAGAUCACCUUCAGACACACUUCCUCUUAAGAAGAAGCGUACAAGGACCCUCACGACUCCGCAUCAAUCUGCGGUUUUGCAUGCACUCCUGGCCCAGUCACGUUUCCCUACGACUGCCAUGCGUGAAGAAGUGGGUCGCCAGAUAGGUUUGAGUGCAAGGAAGGUCCAGAUAUGGUUCCAGAACCAACGCCAGAAAGCCAAACGACCCCGAAGUCAAGCCGCCACCCCUGUGGCAAGACCUCCGCAGUAUGGGCCGUUCCCCAACGUCCCAGGAGCCCCUUCAGCGUCUGUGGGUAACUCUGCUUCCUUUCUGACGUUUGGGACCGCAAGGCCCGAACCAGGAGGUGUGAGUCCGCAAGAAGCCGCUCCUAGUAGUGCUUCGAGCGCGGGGUCGGAGCAGUCUAGCCAGCGAUUCGCAGUUGAGUCCCCCUUCCUUGGCCUCGGCUCGCAGUUAUCCGGGCCAGGAAUCCCUGGUCCUGCCUUUCCUUCGAUCUCACCCAUCAGAGGCGGGGAGACGGCGAGUCGCCACCGACGGUCAUCCCGACUAUCACAGUCUCUUGAUAGCACCCCAUAUUUUCUGCAAUCUAGCCUACAUUACUCAGGUCGUCCGGUCUCUCGCCACCCUAUCUCAGUCCCUGCCCCGGUUCCGGACAGAGAACAUCCUUAUCCUAUAGACCCUUCUUUGACUCUCCCGCCUCUGACGUUCGACCGACCUCCUAGUCACCUUCCCCGAACGAUGCCUCCAGGGUAUCCUUUAUCAAGAUUCGAGCGACUCCCUAGCUCGGCCCCAUCUACCAUGACAUCCUUCGACUUUGCCCGCACGACAUCUACGCAUGAUCCGCCGUUCGCUCACGUUCCCCCUGACGUACCCGGGCCGUCGCUCUCUAUCAUCCCUCCGCCCUUCGCACUGCAACCCGCGCCGCAGUGGGAUCCCGACACAUUUUCACCUCUUUCUCGCCCAGGUUCGUCGUCGGUGAGCCGCCCUGGUAGCUCGUACUACUAUACUGAGGGCCGCACAUCUCCCCUCGACACUUCCAGUCAGCAGCCCUCAAUACAUACGGCUCCGGGACAGCCUGUCGCGAGAGACGAGGGGUCUUCCAAUGGAGAAAGCACGCCACAACCUCCGCUGCGCAGUACAAGAUUUGACCCUGUCCGAUCUUCUGCGCUCUCUUACACCAGCGUACCUACUCCGGAGACCCCCUCGAGUCCUACCGCUCGUUCCCAUGAACGUCCUGCUGACGACUCUCCACCCGAAUGA